AUGCCGUGCAACCCCAACGCCACGAUCGACGGCCUCGAGCGCGCAGUCGACAUCCACUUCGCUCCGCCCCGCGCGCCCGCGCCCACCCCGGGCCUCUCCCUCGCGGCGCCCGACCCAGCCGAGAUCCGCGUCGCUGCCGACGUGCUCAAGGCUUUCCGCACCCAGCUCGCAAUGGACGACUACAGCUACGUGCGCGAGGUGAUUAGCAACUACGUCGCCGUCAAGAAGGCAAAGGGAAAGAGCCCCAAGGCGAUCGCGCACAAGCUCGCCAUCCUCGAGUCGCAGAUCGAGCUCCUUCCCCACCGCAAGCUCGUGCGCGCGUUCGAGAGCGUCCGCGAGGAGAACGCAUACCCCCGCAGCGUCAUCCUCGACGAGCUCGUCGCCCGCGACUCGGCCAAGGCAGCCAAGCUCGCCGAGGCCCGCAGGAACUCGUCGUACGCGUCCUCGCAGAACUCGUACCCCUCGAGCUAUGUCGUCUACCGCGACGACAGGUCAAGCGUCCACGUGCCCGAGUUUGAAGAGUUCAAGGAUUGA